AUGGCCGCCCUCCCGGAGUUCACAUGGGCAAGUUCGGUUGGCAUUCCACGGAUCUUUGCCCUGUCGGUCGUGUUCGGGUUCCUGACGGCAGUCGGCAUCGGCGCCAAUGACAUGGCCAACAGCUUUGCCACUACGGUGGCCAGCCGUGCCCUGACCCUGGGCCAGGUUGUCAUCGUGGCGGGUAUCUGUGAGUUUGCCGGCGCGGUGCUGCUGGGCGCCGGCGUCACCAACACGAUCAAGUCUGGGGUGGCGGACCUGGACGCAUUCACCGCCACCCCAGCCGUCCUCAUGUACGGCUUCCUGGCCGUGUCCAUGACCACCGCCUUCUGGGACAAUACGGCUUCGUACCUGGCCCUCCCCGUCUCCAUGACCCAUACUACCGUCGGUGCUACCGUGGGUAUGGCACUGGCGCUGCGCGGCGGCAGCGCCGUAAUUUGGAGCGAGAACAAGGAUGAGUUCCCCUAUGUGGGGGGCAUGGUGCCCAUCUUCCUGUCCUGGAUCGUCUCGCCCAUCAUGUGUGGGCUUAUCACCGUCAUCCUCUUUGGCAGCAUCAGGCAGUGGGUCCUGCGCUCCCAGCACUCCUUCAAGCGCGCCUUCUACGUGCUUCCCUUCCUGGUCUUCGGCAUGGUCUGGCUCAUCGUCUCGUUCAUCAUCCAGACGGGCUCCAAGAACGGGACCUGGGCAGACUACUCCGAUGGCUUUGCGGCCUGGGUGGGCGCGGUCUGUGGAGUGGGCUGCGGCGCCAUCACACUCGUCUUCAUCAUGCCUUACCUGCGCCGCCGCAUCCUGUCGCGUGAGGCGGAGGGCGACCCCUCCAUGAUGGAGGCAGGGGCAAUCGCCUCUGGUCCCUCCCUCGGCCCCGACGGUCUGAAGAAGGAUGCAGAGGAGGGGAGCCAGGACGUGGAGCACCGCAACCUGACCCUGUCGGAGCAGCACGCGCUUCGCUUUGCGGCCAAGGACAAGGCCUGGAAAGACAAGACCUUCUGGGAGAAGGUCGAGUACAACCCGGUGACCAACAUCCUCCUGCACAAUGUUCGCCAGGAUAUCCACGGUGUAGCAGAGACCGACGAGGGCGUCAAGGCCGUGCACGACAACGCUGAGCUGUUCGACCUCAAGACCGAGGCCAUGUUCCGCUACCUCCAGGUCUUCUCCGCAUGCGUAAUGUCCUUCACGCACGGCGCGAACGACGUGAGCAAUGCCAUGGGCCCCUUUGCCGCGGUGUACGACAUCUGGAACACGGGUGAGGUGAACGCCAAGGUCCCCACCCAGACCUGGAUCCUCGUCAUUGGAGGUGUGGGUAUCUCCAUCGGUCUGGCCCUCUUCGGCUGGCGCAUCAUCCAGGUGAAGACCGUCAAGGUCACCAAUGCUCGCGGUUUCUGUGCUGAGAUUGCCACUGCCAUCACCGUGGCCGUCGCCUCACGCUAUGGCCUCCCCGUCUCCACCACCAUGACCAUCACUGGUGGCCUCAUUGGCAUCGGCUGCCUGGAGGGCUUCAAGGGCAUCAACUACAAAGUCCUGUUUAGGAUCUUUUUGGGGUGGGUGGCCACGCUCUUCAUUGCCUGCGGCAUUUCAGCCGGGAUCACCGCCUUUGGCGCGUACUCUCCCUACCAGCCUAUCAAUGACCAGCUGGUCUCGGCUGCGAUUGUGUACAACCAGACCAACACUGCCAUGAUCGCACAGAUGAACGCGGCACUCCUCACCUCCACCAACGCCGACAACUCCCUCAUCCAGGCCAGCAUCGCGAGCCUGAACUCAACCUUCUACCAGGUCUUUGCCCCUGUGGUGAAGAACCUGCCGGAUGUCGUUUCCAUCAACAGUCAGAUCCUGUCGGAGUUCAACAGCACGCUGGCAUGGAACUCUUUCUCCCAGAUCCCGGGAAGCCUGGUGCCUCAAUAA